AAGACCCAAUCACAAGCAUCCACUUCCUUUGCUCGCCUUUUCUCUGCCUCCAACGGUGGAGCCGGAAUAAAACUCCGGCCACUUCGCCAUCCGCCGGAAUUUGAUACUUCUCCCCUAUAUACUCACGCUACCUUCCACCUCCCCCUUUUACUUCUCUCCCUCGCCUUCUUCGCCACCAGCCAGCCAGCUCAGGUGGGCAGGCAGCGCCGCAGCGGCCAAGAUGAUGGCGGAGGCGUGGACGCAGGUGCUGCUGCCGUCGACGGCACCCUGCUUCUCCGGGCAGCCGUCCUGCUUCUGGCAGGACCGGCUCGCGGAUUUCGGAGGGAUAGGGGACGAGUGGACGGCGGAGGAGAACAAAUUGUUCGAGGAGGCGCUGGCGCGGAUCGACCGGAACGCGCCGGACAAGUGGGAGAGGGUGGCGGCGAUGCUGCCCAGAAAGACGGUCGUGGACGUGGUGAACCACUACCACGACCUCGAGUACGACGUCGGCUUCAUCGAGGCCGGGCUCGUGCCGUUCCCGCACUACAGCAGCUCGCCGCCGUCGUCCGGGUUCACCCUGGAGGAUUGGGACGGCGGCGACGGCGGGUUCAGACGCGGCUACUGCCUCAAGCGCGCGCGCGGCCCCGACCAGGAGCGGAAGAAGGGCAUCCCCUGGACGGAGGAGGAGCACAAGUUGUUCUUGAUGGGGCUCAAGAAGUACGGGAGAGGGGACUGGAGGAACAUCUCGCGCAAGUACGUGACGACCCGGACGCCGACGCAGGUAGCGAGCCACGCGCAGAAGUACUUCAUCCGGCUCAACUCCGGCGGCAAGGACAAGCGCCGCUCCAGCAUCCAUGACAUCACCACAAUCAACCUCCCCGACGAGGACCGCGGCAACGCCUCGCCGUCGCCGCCGUCCGCGGCCACCGCCGCCACCAACCCCUCCGUCGCCGACCAGUUCGCCGCCCUUGUUGACGCGAAGCCCUUCAUGGCGCCGCUCCCGGGCGCGCUCGGCGUGGCGCACCCCUACGGCAACGUGAAGCUCGAGCCCAAGAGCGCGCUCGUGGCCGGCCUCGGCUUCGACGACUCAAUCCUCGUGCAGAUGCAAUGCGCGGCCCAGUUGUGACGGGCGGUUCUUGGCGCGGCAAGAACCGCACGGAAGAAAGAACGGCUCCCGGUCGUCAGGGAUGGGCCAGGUCGCAGGUCGUCGUCGUGCUAGGCUUGGUUGCAGAGUUAUGGGGUAUCAAUCAGAUGGCACGUCCCGUGUGGAGAUGAGAGUGACAGAGUCUCGUCGUCGAGCUGCCACCCUCCUAUGUCCAGCAGCUCCGAGUGACUGUGAUCAUUGCGAACCAAGAGGCCAUGAGCGUGCCACUCCAGCGUCCAAUUUCAGUUCAGUGUACAUAAAUGCAACCACGACUAUAGGGCCCAAGAAGAACUUCCGCUGUACCGAAUAAGCAUUCGAUGAAGCCUUUGGUUUGUUUCCAGCGUCACCACCGGCGGCUUGGAUCAAGGAUUCAGGAUCACCGGGUCUGAAGAUUUCUAUACCGGUCUGUUCAUGUAUUGUUGGUGUGUAACGGUAGCACUCCUAUCCUAUGGAGAUGGAGUAGCACUUGAGCAGAGUGUGUGAUGCUUGUAACUUGUAAGGUCUCGCAAGGUUUUUGUCCGCCAAUGUUGCACUGCCAUAAGAUCUUCGGCAGCAUGUCGUCGCUGUAGAAGCAAUAGGAACCUGAAAUGAAACACAGCCGCGAUCCGGCUGGGGAUCGGUCGGUCUCACUCUCA